CGGGUCCGUGGUUAUAUUCGACUACAAAUACAGAUAUAUUAAAUAUUUCUCAGCUUUUAAACGCUUAAUUUUUUUAUUUUCUUUUGGCACAGACAGAAAACUCAAAUCUGCAGAAAUAAAAUGGCUGACCCGGAAUUGGAAGCGAUCAGGCAAAGGAGAAUGCAGGAGCUAAUGGCUCAACGUGGCAUGGGUAGUGGGGGUCAAGAUCCCGAAAAGCAGAAAGCCCAGGAAGAAGCUAAAAUGGAGGCAGAGGAACAAAGGCAAUUGAUGCUUACUCGGAUUUUGACACCUGAAGCACGGGCAAGACUUGCUCGAAUUGCAUUGGUAAAACCCGACAAGGCCAGAGGAGUUGAGGAUGUGAUACUGAGAGCUGCUCAAAUGGGACAGAUUGUCGAGAAGGUAUCGGAGGAGAGGCUUAUAUCGCUACUAGAACAAAUCAACACUCAAACGACUAAAGAAACCAAAGUAACAAUUAAAAGGCGGCAGAGUGUUCUUGAUGACGAGUAGCUUCUUUGAAGUCAUAUGAGCAGUCGUAUGAUUAUACGAGGCGUGUUUGCAUUACAUUAUGAAUGUUUAUGGAUUUUUGUUUUCUUGGAAACUCACUUCUUUUAAGAUUUUUAUGUGUGAUUCACCCUAUUUGUACUUGAGAUACCAUCCAGAAAAACACAAGUAAACCAACACUAAAUAAAAGGUAAAAUGAAAAA